AUGGGACAGGAUGGAUCUGUUCAACGUCUGCAUGGGUGCCAAGUGUACCACAAGAAAAAUCCAGGUCCAGAGGACAAGCUUCAUGACCAGUCCUGUGUCUUCCCCACUCAGUGCAGUCCCUGGAAGAAGAACGCCUGCUGUUCUGUCAACACCAGCCAGGAAGCCCAUAAGGAUGUUUCCUACCUGUACAGAUUCAACUGGGACCACUGCGGCCCCAUGCAACCCGCCUGCAAGCGCCACUUCAUCCAGGACACCUGCCUGUAUGAGUGCUCCCCCAACCUGGGGCCCUGGAUCCAGCAGGUGAACCAGAGCUGGCGCAAAGAGCGGGUCCUGAACGUGCCCCUGUGCAGAGAGGACUGUGAGAGCUGGUGGGAAGACUGCCUCACCUCCUACACCUGCAAGACCGACUGGCACAAGGGCUGGAACUGGAUCUCUGGGUUUAAUGAGUGCCCAGUGAAGGGCGCCUGCCAGCCCUUUCAUUUCUACUUCCCCACACCCGCUGCUCUGUGCAAUGAAAUCUGGAGUCACUCCUACAAAGUCAGCAACUACAGCCGAGGGAGCGGCCGCUGCAUCCAGAUGUGGUUCGACCCAGACCAGGGCAACCCCAAUGAGGAGGUGGCGAGGUUCUAUGCUGAGGCCAUGAAUGGGGCUGGGCUCCAUAGGGUCUGGCCUGUCCUGUCUGGCCUGGCCCUCAUGCUGUUCCUAGUGCUCAGCUGAAACCCUUUUACCUUCUGAUACCUGGACAUCCCUGCCCAGGUCAGCCCCACAGCUCAGCUCCUGUGCUGGAAGCUGUCCACAGCUUAAAUAAACCAUAUAACCCGCAUGUGUCCUGCAAAC